AUGAAAAUAUUAGCAAGACUUAUUCUAGGGCUUGUCAUCUUUGAUGCUGCUGUGACUGCCCCAACCCCAGAGUCUAUCAGCUAUGAUUCCGAAUCCUACGAUGCCACUUUAGAAGACCUGGAUGAUUUCUACAGCUAUGAAAAUGUACCUAUUGAUCAAGCAAAGAUUGAAAGAGUGACGGUGAUGCCAUCUGGGAACAGAGAGCUCCUCCAUCUAGGCCCAGAGAUGGGGGAGAUCCAAGAGGAAGAAGAUGAGGAGGAAUCCACCCCCAGGCUGAUCGAUGGCUUUUCCCCACAAGAGCCAGAAUUCACAGGGGUUCUAGGCCCACACACCAAUGAAGACUUUCCCACCUGCCUCCUGUGUACUUGCAUUAGCACCACAGUGUAUUGUGAUGAUCACGAAUUGGAUGCUAUUCCUCCACUUCCCAAGAACACUGCUUACUUCUACUCACGCUUUAACAGAAUCAGAAGGAUCGACAGAAAUGACUUUGCAAGCCUGAAUAAUUUAAAAAGGAUUGAUCUGACAUCCAAUUUAAUAUCUGAGAUUGAUGAAGAUGCGUUCCGAAAGCUGCCACAACUUCGAGAGCUUGUCCUGCGUGAUAACAAUAUAAGGCAGCUCCCAGAACUGCCAACGACUUUGACAUUUAUUGAUAUUAGCAACAAUAGACUUGGAAGGAAAGGGAUUAAGCAGGAAGCAUUUAAAGACAUGUAUGAUCUCCACCAUCUCUAUCUGACUGAUAACAACUUGGACCAUAUUCCUCUGCCACUCCCAGAAAACCUACGCGCCCUUCACCUCCAGAAUAACAACAUUUUGGAGAUGCAUGAAGAUACCUUCUGUAAUACUAAAAAUGUAACUUAUAUUCGUAAGGCAUUAGAGGACAUUCGAUUGGAUGGAAACCCUAUCAAUCUCAGCAAAACUCCACAAGCAUAUAUAUGUCUACCUCGUUUGCCUAUUGGGAGUCUUGUAUAA